AUUUGAGUAAAUGAUGAAUUGAAUGGGUAUUGUCGGAUGUUGUAUUCUCAUAAAAGAUAUGUAUAGAAUAAUAAUAAAAAGGAUUAGUUUUGAAUGUAUAUUCAUAUAGAGGAAGAUGUAUGGUUUCGGUGUGUUUUAAUUUUAGAAAAGAGUAAUGAAAGGUAAUUAAGGAGAAAGAAAAAUAGGGAUUUAGGUAGAUAAUAAUUUGUAGGGAGAUGGAUAAGAGUUCAGAAAAGAUAGUUAGCGAUAUUAUGGAUAGUUUUAGGAUGGACAAAAUAAAUGUUUAGGGUAUGAUAUAAUAUAA